UCUAUCACUUACAUUCUGAAAACAUUUAACUUUUUCAGCCAAGAUCACAGAUCUGUAUGAUGGUAUAACCCAGAGGCACUGGUUAAAUGGAUGAUUCAUAUUACGUGACGUCCAUCUCCCUUUCUUGAGAGUCAUGUCUUUGAAAACCAUCCAUAAAUCACGAGUAAUAAUCUUGGUGUUCACUUGCAUAUUUUUAUUCCUCAUCCUGAAGAUUUUUGAAAAAUACAAACUCUUAAAGAAUUGCAUGGAAGAAGAGGUUCACAUUGUUAUUGAUGGGAACUUUAGGGCUCAACAAUGGAAUUGGGCAGAAAAACAAAGGAUAAAUAUCACACUAAGCAAUGAUGCCAGAAGGAAUAUCACAGAAUCCACAGAUAGAAUAAUGUUAGAGAGCACGAAUGGACACCCAGUUGUUGGGAAGAGACACAGUACAGUAGCAAAGACAGAGAAGAAAAAAGUGCUAAUACAGAGCAAUACAAUUAAACGUGGUCGUGUAUGGAAUGAAACUAUGUCAUCCAAGGACCUUGCUAUGAGACUGCAGAAGGAAAGGAGUAAUUUCCAGAAAAUUAACAAAUACAGAGUAUCUUAUCAGGGGACAUUUGGUCAGAAACUUAGUCCACAGAGUAUUCUUUGUCAGUUAAGAGACAGAGUAAAUAUGAGUACUAUUGAAAGAUCUGAGCUGCCCCCUGAAUCGUCUUACUGGAGUGAUUACUUGCCCAUAGAGUCCUUACAAAAAAAAGUUGGGAGACUGGGACGUUGUGCGGUGGUAUCUUCAGCAGGAUCCAUUAAGUUCUCAAAACUUGGGGAAGAGAUUGACUCACAUGACGCUGUUAUAAGAUUUAAUGCCGCUCCAAUCUCUGGAUUUGAGGAAGAUGUGGGAACCAAGACUACAUUUCGUUUGCUUAAUUCACAGCUAGUCUCUGAAAGUAAUCUUCGAUUCCUGGAAGAUCCUAUGUAUAGAACAGGAAUAUUACUUAUGUGGGAUCCCUCACAAUAUAAAGCAGAUCUACGUCAGUGGCACCUGAAUCCAGACUUUAAAUUCUAUGACCGCUUCGUUAAGUACCGCAGAAUGAAUCCGGAACAACCUUUCUAUAUACUUAACCCUCAGAGCUCUUGGCAGCUGUGGGAUAUCAUUCAGGAGAAUUCAUCAGAGAAAAUCCAGCCAGAUCCACCAUCAUCAGGAAUGCUGGGAAUAGUACUGCUUAUGAAUCUUUGUGACGAGGUCAACGUGUAUGAAUUUGUGCCAUCAAAAAGAAGAACUGACCAAUGCCAUUACUAUCACAGAUUUUUUGAUCAGGCAUGUACGAUGGGAGCCUACCACCCACUUAUGUAUGAGAAGAACCUCAUAAAGAAACUCAAUCAAGGAGAUGACAACACCAUUUACUAUUCUGGAAAAGUAACUUUACCUGGACUAAAUGGAUUGCAGUGUUAGCAUCACAGUUCUAAUUAAGCUUGAAAAAGAAAGUAGGCACAGCUUGUACAAUGAAAGUAGAGAGAAAAAUUGAGCAUGUAUGGUAGUAAUAUAUAAUAUAAUGGCUGUCUGUCAAAUGGGUUAUCGUUUUAGAUACUUUAAUUUAGGCUUUGUUCCUUACAGUGAUAAUUGCCUUCCUGCCACCAAAAGUGCUAAUUUUGUAGUUUGCAUUGAUUUAAGUUUAUUUGUUAAAAUUAUAAAAUAAAA